UGCCCAAUGAUGCGAAAAACUUUCUGCCUACUGAAGCUUUAAAGGGGUUAGUAUGUUGUAGGAUUUGGUUUCGCCGCACUGCAGUACUUUAUUUGAAAGUUUUCAGCGGAAUCAUGCACAGCUUCCGUCCAUCUUGACCGUGCUGCUUUAGUUUAUUCCAGACCAGAGCAGCCAAGCAGCCCGUCUGCUGGGAGAGGACUGAGGAAAAGUUAGUCAAGAUGGCAAAUCCCACAGAGCCGGAUGUGAAGGGCACCGCUCCCCGGAACAAGCUGAGCUGCCGCCGGUUACCGAGACAGACCCAACCGGUCCUGAGACCAAGCCAGCGAUGCACACUGCUCCAGGAGGCUUAAGAGGGAUUCCCUGAAGAAAAAUGCCAGUGAGGCUGAAGCUGAUGUGACACAGCGUGUGCUGGAAGAAAGCUGACUCAUCGAAUAUCAAUCCCUCUGGGAGCGUCUAAGCAGCAGAGAGCAGCUCAUAUCACCUAAUGCCUAGCUAGAAGAGAGCCUGGCAUCCCCCUCACACACCAAGGGAGAUUAUCAGACAGGAGACGACGUAGCAAAAACCCCCUCCAGCAGGAAUAUAUCCAGCACCGGCUGCAGGCAAAACACAUUUUGGCACCGGAAGGCCUAACAGUGACUGCUAUCCCUGCCGCCAGCAAAGCUAAGAAUGGCAUCCCAAUGCUUCAGCUGAACCUCACCAACUGACUGACAUCAACGAUAAGACCACUGUCAUCCUCCCAUCAGUUUCACCCCAAACCAUCAGUUUUGGGGAGGUCGCUCCUCUCAGCCCAGCCCAGUCCGGCACCACCACAGUCAGCCAGCCUUCACCCCGCAUCGCAGACCAUGAUGUUUCGCGAUCAGGUGGGUGUGCUAGCCAGCUGGUUCAAGGGGUGGAAUGAGUGUGAACAGACGGUGGCUCUGCUGUCCCUGCUGAAGAGGGUGAGCCGGACCCAGGCCCGCUUCCUGCAGCUCUGUCUGGAGCACUCCCUCGCCGAGUGCACCGAACUGCAGGUCCUUGAGGGAGAGGCCAACAACCCAGGGGUGAUCAGCCAGUGGCAAGGAGAGUCUAAGGAGCGCGUCAUCUCGCUUGUCCUCACCCAUCUCCCUCUGCUCAAACCUGGCAACGUUGAAGCCAAGGGUGAGUACAUGCGGCUGCUGCCACGCAUCCUGGCCCACACCAUCGAGCAUGGCCGUCACCUGGAGGAGUCUCGCCAACUCCUGUCCUACGCCCUCAUCCACCCGGCCACCUCCCUGGAAGACCGCUCUGCCCUGGCGCUAUGGCUCAACCACCUGGAGGAGAGGGCGGCUGCCCGGGGUGACUCACUGGAAAGGCCUCCUCCUUCUGGGCCGCACCACCACCACCACCAAUCCACACCUCCAUCCACCCUCUCCUCAUCAGGAUCCUCCUCCUCCACUAACACCUCUUCAUCAGGCAACCUCUACUCCUUGCAUCACCAUCAGCGCUACGGCUCGGACGACCGCCUCAACGGGUGGCAGAGCUCCAGGGAUUCAGGGCUGGGCGGAGGCUGGCAUCAGCAGCAGCAGGGCUGUGAAAACGGGCACCUCCUUCUCUACCCAUCCUCCUCUGUGCCAGCAACCAUCAACACGGUUGGAACUGGUGGAGGCGGAAACACUAUCCUGACGAGUGGAGGUGGCAGCCAGCAGCACAGUCCCCUGAAGCGCUCCGUGCCUCACGCCCUCCCAUGAGCGGCACCCAGCAACCAGCCUCUUGGCACGUCUGGCUGUCCCAGGAGGACCUCACGGACCGCUAGAGGCCCAGCCCCAGAUCACGCACCUCUCCACCCAAGCAGCAUUGCCUCCUCGGGCAGCGGAGGCAGCGAGCAUCUGGAGGAGGCUGGUUUAGGAGGAUGUUCAGGUCUGCACCGCAGUUCCUUCCAUGACGAGGGCACGCGGCAUGAGGGAUGUUCCUGCGUGGCUGAAGAGUCUCCGUUCUCCAUAAGUACGCCGCUCUCUUUCUCCACCAUGACCUACGAUGAGAUGAUGUCACUGACUGAAGCACAGCUAGAGGCACAGAAGGUCACUAAAGGAGCAAGACACAAGAUUGUUAUCAGCAUUCUGAAGCUCAAAGAGAGGCAGAACCUACUGCGCAGCUUGGAAAAGGAUGUGUUGGAGGGCAGUAACCUGCGAGCCCCACUGCAGGAGCUCCACCAGAUGAUCAUGACGCCUAUCAAGGCUUUCAUUGGGGGCGAGGAGGCCUCCCUGCAGCGCCUCUUGCUGAGCCCCGACGGCAAGAGCGCAGCGCCUGGCUCCCACCUGACCGGGGUCGGCGGAGGCGGCGGGGAGGCCGAGUCAGGCUCGAGCGUCAUCGCCGAGGGGGAUCUACCCGGCCAGUUCACACGUGUCAUGGGCAAAGUUUGUACCCAGCUACUGGUGUCCAGGUCAGACGAGGACAACAUCAGCUCCUACCUACAACUCAUCGACAAGUGCCUUAUCCAUGAGUCCUUCACUGAGACGCAGAAGAAGAGGCUGUUGUCAUGGAAACAACAGGUCCAGAGGCUGUUCCGGUCCAUUCCAAGGAAAACCCUCCUCGACAUAGCAGGGUACCGACCGCAGAGGAGCCGUUUCGGCCAGUCCAACUCUCUCCCCACCGCUAGCUGUGUUGGGGGCAAGCGUGUCGGCCAGGAGGAAGCCCGCCAGUUCCAGAUGCCCUCCAGGAGCUUGCCGGGUGCCAGGCUGGGCCUGUUGGGCAGCGGGGGGCUGCUGGGACCCACACCUCGCAGCUCCAGCAGCACACCCACCGGUCCUAAGCAGGGGAGACAGGGUCUCUGGUUUGCCAACCCCGGAGGAAGCAACAGCAUGCCCAGCCGGACCCACAGCUCCGUGCAGAGGACCCGCUCCCUGCCGGUUCACACCACGCCACAAACCAUGGUCAUGUUCCAACAAGCCGAUCUGCAGUUACCAGUGACAGAGCCAGACAUCAACAAUCGCCUUGAGUCUCUGUGUCUGAGUAUGACAGAGCACGCCUUGGGAGAUGGUGCUGACCGCACAUCAACAAUAUGAAAGGAGGACCUGAGUGAGAGCAGGAGGACAGCGCGGGUUCAUGAGGCUCUCUCACGAGGCUCUCUCACGAUAAGUCACCUCGAGGUCACCAGCCCUCCUGUCCCAUCUCCCUGUAGCCAAUGGCAGAGCUGAACCAAAGGAUCGGGCGGGAUCCAAGAAACACGAGAGAGCCGAUCAUCAAACGGCUAACACAAGCUAUCACAUUGGCACCGUCCAACGGGUCGGAAACAAACACACUUCCUGCUCCGCCAGCAUGCUCACCGUCGCCUGCGUCUGGGUGAGGAGAGAGAGAAAAGCAUUGAACUCGGCCUGGACAGUGUGUGAACAGUGCCACCACCUAAACCCCCCCCCCCCCCCCCCACCCACCCCCACCCACCACUGGGAGGUCAGAAGCAGUACUGCAGUCCAGCAGAAGGGAGACGCUGACCUGUGGAUCAGGGCCCAGUGAGACUGAGGCCCCUUUCCCUCUCCAACACCCUCUGGUCCCCGCACAUCGACCACAGCUCGUGGCAUCCUUCAGAUCCAUAACAGUACCUCAGACCCCAAAAACAAGACGAGACAAGCAGAACAAGAAGGAUGCAGUUUGGGAUUUCCUUGACUGUUUUCAGUGAGCAUCCAGUGAGGAGAUCUAGGGAAGGCCUCUCGCCCAGUAAUGGGUGGCAAAAAAAAGAAUCAUUUAUUUGUAUUGUAUGUAUUUAUUGUUUACAUAAUGAUGCUACUUUCAAAGGGUACAGAAACAUGUAUGAAUUUCAGGUAUGAAUUGUGUAAUAUUCUGUAAAGCCUUGGCUGUCUACCAGCUUUACGUCCCACGAGUAGCCAUCACGCUAGUUUACAACCAACGUGCUUAUUCUUUAUUUUAGUAGCCAACAGCAAAGAUGGCUUGAACAUUUACAAAGCCAGAGAGAACAAGAAAGAGAGGAGGUAGAGCAGAUGUGUGAAGAAUGAUACGAGGAAGACGUGGAGAAAGACACAGGAAGUAGUAGAAGAAAAGAAUCAAGAUGAGGUGAUACUGGAAAGGGAAGCGGAUGUUUAAAGGAGAAAGACAUCAGAGGCGGGACCUUUGAUCGGCCGAAGAUGACGGGAGGAAGAUGAUGUCAAGUCUGAUCAUGUUGUGAGAGUAGGAGGAAGUGAGUUUUCCAGCGGUCAGUUAGUUUAUCCACAGCAUGUACUGUAUGAAAUCUUUGAGCCUUUGUAGGCGCGAUACAUUGAAAAUGUAGGGCUUUUUUUAUAAUGGGAGAUUAAUAUCGUGGGAUCUGUCUGCAUGUUCAGAUACUGGGUUUAGUCAUUUUUUCUAACGCAGGGUGAUAUGCUUAAGCUGCAUGUUACAACGAAAUAUCUUUUCUGGAGGAAAGGAAGCUUGUGAAAUGUGGGAGAAGAUGACAGGAAAAGAAAACACAGGAGGUCGAUUUCACUUGGAUCGCGUUGCAACAUUGGAGAAAUCAAACACUGUCAAUCAAUGAAGGGUAGUUUUCCCAGAGAUUGUCUCAUUAGUGCUUACCUCCACCUGCUGGCCACACACAGUUAUGGCAGGGCAGACGCUGAGGUCUAUGGACACAGGCAGAUCAUCCAUAAAUCAUUUAUGAGAAAAUAUCAGUGCAGGAAUCCCCUCAAAGAUUUCCCGUCUAACAUGGUCGUCUAUCUGCUCUGUCGGUGCAGGCCUAUGUGGAAUUUCUUCUUUUUUUUAUGAAUCUCAUGGUUAUUCUGUGUCUUAAUAUUUAUCCUCAGUUUAUUGUGUCUGGAAUACAGACUUUAUAAGAAAAAGGUUUAUAUUGAAAUAAGCUGGUUUGGAAACUCCCCUCUGUGCCGCUUAUCACCUGAGCAUGUGCACUGAGAGUCCUGACCCCUGAUCAGUUCAUCAUCAUCGAGGAGUAUUGAUUAUUAUUGUUGUUUAGUUUCUUUCAUUAGUUUGUUGCAAUUCUAUAGUACUUCCUUUGUACCCUGCACUUGAUAAUGUGAUACACUAAAAUCCAAAUGUUCAAGGCUCAAGCAACAGUUUUGUGCUUUGGAGCAAACUGAGCAGAUUUGAAGAGAUGAGAUUGACACUCAACUGCAGAGUUUUGGUCUCAGUGGACAGAAGUCGAGCGUUAGAACCACAACAGGUGGCAAAGUUGAAUCCCACAGCGUAGACGAAAAAGCUCCUGACGCCUCUCAUUGACCUUAAAUGAUUUCUGUUUGUCUGACGGUGGAUGUUGGAGUUGAAAAUCUCUUCUUAAGUCACACGCGGUUAAAGGACCACACCAGAGUUUGUGCAUGUUUUGGCCCUUUUACCACUUAUAAUGCUAUUAAAAUGAACUCGUAUAGUCUUGACCUUGG